AUGUUUCUCUUCAACAAAUUUAAUAAAUCUGUGUAUAUUUUAUUCACAGAAUCCUGGUUGGUUGCAUUUAUAACAAUGGAGAGAGCUGUUGCAGUCGUUCUGCCAAUGAAGACGGGAGGGAUUUGUGGACAAAACAGUGGGAAAUACUUGAUUUCUUUCUGCGUUUGUGGCCCCUUUGUCAUGCUCUGUUACCUCCCCUUUGUGACGAUUUACGUGCCAGGGAUUGGCUGCGCUACAAGGACGUUUCCAGAUAUGUUCUUCCACUUCCUUGUAGCCACAACUUCGGUCAGCGCAGUUCCACUGACCUUGAUCUUCAUCUGCAACGUCAGCAUCAUUGUGGCCUUGAAAAAGCAGAAUCUGAAGGUCACCAGCGAUAAGAGGACUCAGAAAUUCAAGAGGGUUGCAAACAUGGUGUUGGCCGUGUUGUUAGCCUUCCUAGCAACCGUGUUCCCACAGGCUUGCAAUGUGAUGAUGCAAAUCAACAACCCACAUUGGGCCUGGCUCAAAACAACGGACGAUCUGACAGCAAUCCUGAUGGACGUCAACUACGCCAUCAACUUCUACCUCUACAUCAUCACAGGCAAAUCUAUGCGGCGGGAAGUCCGAAAUUUAUUUCCCUGUUGUUGUCAAAGUAAGGAGACUCACAGCACAGAAACAUUGCAAGAUGGCUGA